AUCCAGCCAUGAUUCUAACCAUCACUUAUGUUGAAAGCCAGUCUGCAGCUGCUACACUCUCCUCAGGCUCUGCUGCACGUCAGAGCUCCACUCAGGCUCCCACCACCCCAGUGACCACUGCUGCCAUAUCUUCAGACUCCCCCAUCAACUCCGGCCCACCAGUCUUCUUCCCUGGCUGCAGAAGUGGGGAGUCCAACACAGCACAUCCAACUGAGUGACCUCCAGAGCAUCUUAGCCACCAUGAAUGUGCCUGCCAUGACUUCAGAGGACCAGGAAGUGGACCUGGCGAGUGUGUUGACUCCUGAUAUUAUGGCUCCCAUUUUAGCGAAUUCUGAGGUACAGCAGAGACUGCAGCCUUACCUGCCUACAGGAGAAUCACUACCACAGAGUGCUGAGGAGAUCCAGAACACAUUUACCUCACCACAGUUUCAGCAGGCCAUGAGCAUGUUCAGCAGUGCACUGGCCUCUGGGCAGCUCGGUCCUCUCAUGAACCAGUUUGGUUUGCCGGCCGAAGCAGUGGAUGCAGCUAACAAAGGAGAUGUGGAGGCUUUUGCGAAGGCCAUGGAAAGCAGCUUUGGAAAAAAGGACGAUUCUGGUAAAUCCAAAGAUAAGAAGGAUGAUGAUGAGGACAUGAGUUUGGAUUAGUAAAUGUUAGGUUGUUGGUCCACUCAUUGUCCUUGUUGUUUGUGAACUGUG